AUGGGAAGCAGCAAGGGUGCGGGUGGAAACGCGCAACAAGGUCGAGGCCGAGGCCACCGUGUCCAGCAUGCCCAAAGUGGUCUCGCGAACAGAGCAUGCGGCGCUGCGGUCCAAGUACGAGGACACAUACCAGAAAAUGGAGGACAGGGUCACACCGGCGCCCGGCACCCUCGAGAACCUGUUCGACCAGAUCGAGCAGGGCGAGUGGCGGUUCAUGCACCUCACCGAGUUCGUCAGCAGGGAGGACGCGGAUGUGGCACCAGUCGGAGCGGUCAUCGACCACAGCACGGGCACGAUCAAGGUGAAGAAGGGGGCGGUUCAGAACUCGCGGCCAUCAGGGCCGGAAGGGCUGCGGGUAAGGUUGGAUCUCGUGGCCAACGCCAUCCUGAUGUGCGCGUUCCGCUACCCGAACAAGGCGGCAUUCCAGCGGAUCACGCCCAACAUCUUCAGUCGCUACGCCAACCACCUGCUGGGGGAGCACGUCUUCGGUCUAAGGGCCAAGGACGAAAAGGGCCGCAGCAUGGCGCAGCCCUCCUUCGAGCUGCUGCUAUCCUACGAGUACCAGAUCCGCAAGGCUGCCAUCAAGAAGGUCAACAAGGGGCACAGCUGGGUGGACUCUCUGGAGGAGGCCAUGGUGGACCCCUGGUGAAGGAGCGCUUCCUGACCACUCCGCUGGCGUGCAACAGCUGGGUGACCACCAAGAGCAGGUCAAGGAGCUGGAGAAGGAGUCGUGGCCGGGAGCGCGAGCCCCGAAUGGACUGUUCGAAAGGACGGAACAAGGGGAAGCCCAAAGGAAAGGGGGCCAGCGGCAAGUCCAAGGGUGGCAACGCGCAGGAGGGGGCAUGGCACAGCACUACACCCGACGGCAGGCAGAUCUGCUACAAGUUCAACAAUCCACAGGAGAGGUGCCGGGGCCCAUGCAACCGCGUGGCCCCGGCUGGGCAAGAGGAGCCGGGGCGCACCUUCAACGUGCUGUACCUCUUCAGCGGCGAGGAAAGGAAGAACCCAGACCACGACCUCACGGACAAGGGCAAGCGGCAGGGUAUCCUGGAGCAGAUAAAGGGGGGCAAGUACGCGGUGAUCAUUGUCACCCCUCCUUGUGGCACGUGGUCACGCUACGAGACGAAACAAGGCCUUGGGGCGUGGCUCUCAGAGAAGCUGCAGAAGCGGGCGGAUGAAGGUAACAUCAUGAUCGUAUUGUUCAUCGACAUCCUGAUGUUGUUGGGCACUACGUGGUGCAACCUGAUCGCUCGCCGACCCUACUUCCUGGGGGAGCACCCGGAGGACCUUGGCGGACUACACAGCCCGGUCGCCCAGGGCAAAUGGGUGCGGCCUGCAUCCAUUUGGAAGCUGCCAGACCUCCGGAACGCGGCGGAGAAGCUCGAGGGCAUGCAAUCCAUCGCUCUGCACCAGUGCAACUGGGGGGCCCCGACCCCCAAGCCAACGCGCUUGCUGACGGACCUACCGCUGCACGCCAGUUUCCUCUACAACCAGUGGCCCCAGCUGGACGGCCAGGGAAGGUACUUGGGCCCGCUGCCGCGGCAUUGCGGUCACAUCCACAAGUACGGUCUGGCCAAGCAGCACCCAGAGGAGGCCUUCCGGACUCCGGCAGCAUCGACCUACCCUGCAGAUAUGGAUGCGGCCCUGGCAGCGGCUAUCAAUCAGGUGCUGCUGAAGGCACCACAUCUCACCAAGCCCCCUGCGGAAGGGAAGGCAACGAUCAAGGACUCCCCGGAGGGCAAGGUAGCGUGGGACGUCGGGAAGGAGACGGACGGGGACAUCAAGGAGGGCAAGUUCAGUGGAGAAAAGGACUUCGAGGUGAAGGGAUUUUGGGGAGUAGGGAGGCCUAUGCAGGCCUGCUACAGAGGCAAGAAGAGGGGCGUUCACGACGGAGGAGGACUUUGUUCGCCGGGAAGAUGGAGAGUGGGGGCCAGGAACUUUCCCGAGGGCACCCACUUUUGCGAGAUCAGGGAGAUCAUCACGAAGUUCUUCAAAGGUUGGCUGAGCCAGGAGAGAGGCCAGGAGACGUUCUGGCAGAUGGCGGCGGGCAGGCUCACCGGCUCACCGUUCGAAAAAUUUGUGGACGGCUGCCGGAGGGAGGUGGACGUCAAGCUGGCCUCUCUGGGAAGCGAGGUGACUCGGCAGGGGACCGAUCGGAUCACGGAGAUCCACUACAGGAGGAUGGAGGCCCUGCUGAGAGUUGCGGAGGACCCCGAUCACCAGUUCCUCAUCCCCUUGGUGGAAACGGGGGUGGACCUGGGUGUGGACGAAGAGAUGCCCCGGGUGCCUGCGGUCUUCGAAGCCAAGGUGAAGUGGAAUCUCGAAGAGGUGGAUGACCCCUUCAAGGAGGUCUGGUGCGAGAACUACGGCUCGGCGGUGGACAACAUGGAGGACAUUCGGCGGCAGGUGGAGGAAGACAUCGAGAGGGGCCACGUGAUCCGGAUGGACAAGCAGGCGGCGGGGGAAAAGUUCGGAGGCAGACUAGCGGUGGCCUCCCUGGGGGCGGUCCCCAAGGAGCUGGGGUCAUCGAAGGUGAGGAUCAUUCACGCAACCCACGAGGUGAUGAUCAACCACCGGAUUCGGGCGAUGGUCAGGCAGAUGAAGGCGGACCAUGCAGCGAACCCGGCAGUCAGGUUGCUCAUGAAGUACGAUGUCAGCCGUGCACACAAGUUGGUGCCCGUGAAGGAGCAGGACUGGCCACUCAUGGCCUUUAGCUUGGAGAGGCCGGAAGAGGUCUUCAUGCACACGGUGGGGGCCUUCGGUUUCGGAUCGGCAGCCUACUGGUGGCAGAGGGUGGCCGCGGCAGUCACCAGGUUGGCGCACUACCUGUCGGCCGGAGCCUACGAGCUCUAUCAUGACGAUGGGCUCCUUGGGGCCCACGGUGCGGACUGCUGGAGGCGGAUCCUCUACUGGUUCUUCGUGAUGGACGUGGUGGAGGUGCCGAUCACCUGGAAGAAGGUGGCUGGAGGGGCCAGGCUGGGCUGGAUCGGCUACGAGGCCGACAUUCAGCACUACCUCAAGGGCAUAGGGGACAGCAAGGUAGCGUGGGUUCUCGGCUGGAUAAAGGAGGUCAAGGACGAGGGCAGCAUCCUGGGCAGCCGGAUGAGAUCAGCGCUGGGACGGCUUUCGUUCGUGGCGGGCGCGCUGGUGCAGGUACGCCCCUUCCUGGGGGUGAUCUUCGCGUGGACCUCUAGGCUUCAGCCGGGAGGUUUUCAUCAGGUGCCGAUGGCGGUGCAGAUCGUGCUGGAGUUCAUCAAAGUGGAGAUCACUCGGCGUCCUCUGACGGAGCCACGGCCACUGCCGAAGAAGGUGGGCGAACUCUUUCGGGUGGAUGCCAAGGCGGAGGGACAUCUGGUGGUGGUCGGAGGAUGGGAGUCCUUCGGAGGUCGCGCCACCGCGGAGGCCCGGUGGUUCUCGCUGAAACUGACACGGAAAACGGCCCCGUGGGCCUACGUCAAAGGCGAGCCGUUCCGCGUGAUAGCUAGCCUGGAUCGCAGUGGAGAGACUCGGGUGGUGCAAGGGUUCACCGACAGCCUGGUCAACACGCACGUCAUCGAUCACUACAUGAGCACGGCGUUCCCUCUCUCGGUGGUGCUGAUGGAGCUAGCAGUUCAGCUGGGCGAGUUGGGCACAACCCUUCAGCUCGGGUGGACACCUCGGGAACAGAACGAAGAAGCGGACGCGCUCACCAACCUGGACUUCUCCCUCUUCAACCCAGACCUGAGGGUGCGGUUGGAGCUGGACGAGUUGGGCUUCAAAGUUAUUCCGAAGAUCAUGGAGGCGGCCACUCAGCUGGACUCGGAGAUCAGGCUCGAGAAGGAUAAGAGGAAGAAGGGCAAGGAGCACCACGACAAGAACUCGGCCAAGAAGCCCAAGAAGGCGGAGAUGAGAUGGAAGGAGCCAUGGCCUUACGUUGUGGAGGAGAUCCUGGCGGAGGUGAGCCAGGCGACGGCGCGACGGGGAUGGGAGAAGUUGAGCUUCAUAGGUCCACCUGUCUUCGAUACUGGGUAA